AUGGUGUACGGAAAAGUUGUCCUCACGGCCAUCUCAAUCAUUGCAUUUCUUGGAAAUAGUUUGACAGUCCUGCUCUUCAUCAAAAAGUCAGAGUUGUUGAAGAAGACUUAUAACUGUUUAAUUCUUGCUUUGGCAGUUCAGGAUAUUCUUCAAGCCAUCUUUAUCGCGAUUUUGCCUGGAUAUAUCUUGGACGAAGACGCAUAUACUUUACCACCGGACCGAACAUUACGAUGGAUGUUUUGCAAGCUAUUCUGGUCCCAGUUCUUUAUCUUCGCUUUGGGAAUAGCCUCCGUGUACACCUGCCUCAUGCUGACUUUCGAUCGCUGGUUAGCGGUUGUUAUGCCCUUAACUUUUAAGAAGUAUGAAAAAUCGAAGCUUGUUGUGUUCUCGACCGUGCUUUUCCCUUGGAUAGCCGGAACAUGCUUUGAAAUAACAGCGCCAUUGAGAGCAACCACUACUCAAGUCAACGGCAGCUUUUCAUGCGCCUGGAAGACGCCAGAAUACUCUUCAAAAACGAUUGUCAUCGCGACAUUCACGUUCUUGGGCAUGAUAGUCGUACCUGGGGCACUCAUGGUGAUAGCGUACAGUCGGAUUAUAGUCCACAUGAAGAGAUCCGAAAUCCGAAUUGAGGUGAUUAGGAACAAUCAGAGGAUGGUCAGAAAAAGUAAUGCCUUGAAAGCCCUAAAAAGAGUCACAACAACAGCCUUUUUUGCCUCUGGUAUAAUAAUCGUAUGUUGGCUGCCGGAUCAACUCUAUUACGCAUUGUCCCAAGUUAACUUGACGGAGCUCGGUACAACAAUUCAUUUCGUCUUCAAAAGCUUGGCAUUUGCCAAUUCUUGUAUUAAUCCAGCCAUCUACUGUUUCUCAAACAGAGCUUACAGGACUGGUCUGAGGGAGCUGUUUGGUUGUUUUUGCUGCAAAGUACACCCACAGGGAGGUGAAUUGUCAGGGCCAGGGGAAGCUGUACACCCCUCGUAG